AUUGCGAGAGUAGCAUAUAUAUUCUCUAUCUCUCUCUCUUUUGUUUUGACGAGUCAUGUCGGGAUGCAAAGGGCAUUCCGAGUGAAAGUCACGACGACUCGUAAAUCUAUGGCAGCGGAGAAGGCAAACGCAUUCCGUGAUGACUCGACGAGGCAGGCGAUUGGAAUUCGAGGAAAGUACGGAAAACGUUUUUCACGGAAGGGGGAGACCAAACGGGUCCCUUAGCGACAAACACGAACUCUGCUUUGAAAAGCCCCAAAUAAUGAUGAAGAUCUAAUCUAAAGAGAGGAAUGCGUCUUCGAAGGGAUCAUCGCAGUAAGUCAGUCGGUCAGUCGCUUGUGUAAGCGAAACAUCGCGGGAAACAUGUUUGUGCGGUGCAGAGAGAUUGUGCGAUUGCUACUCCUCGGCUGUAUCGUCGUGCAAUUGACCUGGUUAACCGGAGGAUCGACGCCAGAUGACAAGAAGACAACCGACGAUCUUCGAAGGAGAAUUAUUUCGUGGUCGGAUCCAGCAGCAGAACCGCAUUCCAGAAUUAUCUUGCCAUCGAACUUGGAUCCUCGACUCUACCCAAUAUUUAAGAUUCACAUGUAUCACAAGUACAAGAUAAAUCCAGUGGAAAUUGAAUCUAUAAUGGAAGACAACGGCGGGGAGAAACUGAAAGACCGGCAAGCGAGAACUCACGUCCCCGCGAAGGAGAUCAGCGACCACCGAGAGCGGAAUUACGUCAGGAUCGCGCAAGGUGAAAUCUCCCGUACGACCGACGAAAGGAAUUCGUCGGCCGAGGAGGAGACGAAGGUCGACCUGAGUUUCCUCGACAACCUUGGCGGUCUGGCUCCCUAUUUGCCGGAUGUCGAGGAUAGCAAGGCUCCUGACACGCUUCCGAACAAGGAAGCAUCUUCUGACAACUGGUACCAAGGCAUCUUUAACUGGUUCCUAUCAAAAUUAGGUAUUACUAGCAAAGCGACCAACGUCAAUGGGAUGGCAAUGGUGCGCGAAGGAUUCUACUAUAUUAACAAGACUCUGGAGAAACCAGACGAGACGAAGACGUAUCUCUUGCCGAAAGUCAGAGGUCGAUAUGUCGAAGCAUCAUGGACCAGCGUUGAUCCUCGAAAGAGAGUUCGACUAAUCGCCGAAUUGGAUCGUGGCAACCUAACAUUCAUUUCCGAGAUACCCAUCCUACAUCCUACUAAUUCCAAGGUUACGACUUCUCCGUCGAUCGCCCCGUCGUCUCACGGUAAUUAUAAACAGCCUGUUGUAGAAAAUUAUAUCGUGCAAAAGUUGCACGAAAUUAUUAACUCUGCCGCUCCGCCAAUUCGAGGUGCCGUUAACUUUAAUAGAAAUGCGACCGCGACAAUUGAAAGUAGAAAGUCAAAACGAAAUACGUACAAAGGAACAGUAAGAAUUCAUUCCGAAUAUUCGAAGGUAGUGCAUCGAUCGAACGAUUCCACCAAUGCGUCCGCUGCAAGUUAAUUGGCAUCUCAAUAAUAAGUAUAGAACUAUAAUUCUAGUAUAGAAGUAUUAAUAAGAAGUAUUAUAU